CCUCCCCGUCCUUCACCCCGGCCCUCCUCCUCCUCCUCUGUGAGCGUGUGCGCGCCCCAUCCACUCGCUAAUUGAAGAGCUGGGAUUCCUCACGUGAGAAGUUGAUUUGUAGUUUGAACACGUGGCUCAUUCAAAAAGCCGGAAUAUUCAAACGAGGGUUGCAGCCCGCCGUGCGCGCCUCCCCGAGCCGCCAGGAAGAUGAACAAGCUUUACAUCGGCAACCUCGGCGAGAACGUCAGCCCCCUCGACCUGGAAAGUCUCUUUAAGGACUCCAAGAUCCCCUUCUCGGGCCAGUUCCUGGUGAAGACGGGGUACGCCUUCGUGGAUUGCCCCGACGAGAGCUGGGCCAUGAAGGCCAUCGAGGCACUUUCAGGUAAAGUGGAGCUGCACGGGAAACUCAUAGAAGUGGAGCAUUCGGUCCCUAAAAGACAAAGGAGUCGGAAGCUUCAGAUCAGAAAUAUCCCGCCUCACUUGCAGUGGGAGGUGCUGGAUAGUUUGCUAGCUCAAUAUGGAACAGUGGAGAACUGUGAGCAAGUGAAUACUGACACGGAGACUGCAGUUGUAAAUGUAACCUACGGCAAUAAGGACCAGGCUAGACAAGCAAUAGAAAAACUGAAUGGGUUUCAGCUUGAAAACUAUUCCUUGAAAGUUGCAUACAUCCCCGAUGAAAUGGCAGCCCAGCAACCUCCGCAACAACAUCCCCAGGGAAGACGUGGAUUUGGACAGAGAGGUCCUCCAAGGCAAGGAUCACCCGGCGCAACCACCAGGCAGAAACCACAAUCGGACGUUCCUCUACGGAUGCUGGUUCCCACACAGUUCGUAGGAGCCAUUAUUGGGAAAGAAGGAGCAACAAUCAGGAACAUUACGAAGCAGACACAGUCCAAAAUCGAUAUUCAUCGUAAAGAGAAUGCAGGUGCUGCUGAGAAACCAAUUACCAUCCACUCAACUCCUGAAGGCUGCUCAACUGCUUGUAAAAUUAUUAUGGAGAUUAUGCAAAAGGAAGCUCAAGAUACUAAAUUUACAGAAGAAAUUCCCCUGAAGAUAUUGGCACAUAACAACUUUGUUGGCAGACUUAUUGGCAAAGAAGGAAGAAACCUGAAGAAAAUUGAACAGGACACAGAUACUAAAAUCACGAUAUCUCCAUUGCAGGACUUGACACUCUAUAAUCCGGAAAGGACCAUUACAGUUAAAGGCAGUAUUGAAACUUGUGCCAAGGCUGAGGAAGAAAUUAUGAAGAAAAUCAGGGAGUCCUAUGAAAAUGAUAUUGCUGCUAUGAAUCUUCAAGCACAUUUAAUUCCUGGAUUAAAUCUGAAUGCCUUGGGUCUGUUCCCGCCUUCUUCUUCAGGAAUACCACCUCCCGCAGUGAGUGUUGCCUCUGCUGCUGCUGCGGCUUCAUAUCCACCAUUUGGGCAACAGCCCGAGUCUGAGACUGUUCAUCUGUUCAUCCCAGCCUUGGCAGUUGGAGCUAUUAUUGGCAAGCAGGGACAGCACAUCAAACAACUUUCUCGUUUUGCUGGCGCGUCUAUUAAGAUUGCCCCUGCUGAAGGACCAGAUGCCAAGCUGAGAAUGGUUAUCAUCACUGGACCUCCAGAAGCUCAGUUCAAGGCUCAAGGGAGAAUCUAUGGAAAACUUAAAGAAGAAAAUUUCUUUGGACCUAAAGAAGAAGUGAAACUUGAGGCUCAUAUAAAAGUGCCAUCCUAUGCUGCUGGUAGAGUUAUUGGGAAAGGAGGCAAAACAGUAAAUGAGCUUCAGAACUUGACAAGUGCAGAAGUUGUAGUCCCUCGUGACCAGACACCUGAUGAAAAUGAUCAGGUGGUUGUGAAAAUAACUGGUCACUUCUAUGCAUGCCAGCUUGCUCAGAGGAAAAUUCAGGAAAUACUGGCUCAGGUAAGAAGGCAGCAGCAACAGCAAAAAACAUUGCAAAGCGGACAGCCUCAGCCGAGACGAAAAUAAAGGUUUAGGAAAUGGCCCAUCAGAGACAGAUGCCAGACCAAAGACAGACUGUGCGACAGACGGGUGGUGAGCACCUGUUGAAGUUAUGCAGAAGAUCCACCAAGCCAAUCACCUGUUCGAGGACCAGGCAACCGUUGAACGCUGUCUCUGAGAAUGUAUUCUUUAGGCUCUCUCAAACUUUUGAAACCCAGCUUUAAAAUAAGGACCCCUUCACUUCCCUUUUGUUCUAUUCUCACAAUUUAACAUAAACUCGUUAGUCUUUUUUAUUGUUCUUAUUAUUCCCCAACAAUUUUAGAACUUGGUUUAAUGAAGCUUUCUCUUCUGAGUUCACUGGUUAAAAAAAAAAAGAAAAGAAAAAAACCAACAACAAAAAAAGAAAAGGCAUUGCUCUUAUAAGUCCCGUUGUAAGAGAAGAAACACAUUUGGAGGGUGGGAUUGUGGGUGGGCUAGGGUUAGAGCAAGGGUAUCGACAAAGAGUUUAAGUGUUAGUCCCAACGUUGAAAUAAGUGGCAUUUUUUAAAAAGAAUUUGGUUGCAUUUUUACAUGACACUGCCAUAAAUAACCUAAGGGAAGUGUUGAAUGGUGUUGGCCAGGGCAUAAAAAGAUAAAUAUGCAUUUUACUAAACUACCUCAGGCAUUUAGUACCUCAAUGAGAAAUUGUUCCUUUUUUGCUUUUUUUUUUGGUAUUUUGUAUACUUUAUAAAGCUAAUAGUUCUUGAGCAUUUUAUUUUUUUAAAAAAAAAUUAAAAUUUGAUCAGCCACCAGCCAGGAGUUCUUGCAGACUUACUGGGGAAAAAUAUAGUAGAGCACUUCUAGCUGCUGGCUGAUGGGAGUAAGGUGGGUAAAAAAAACACAGCCUCAGGUUUUCUGGGGGCUUCAACACCAUCAUUUGUUUAAAAAAAAAAAAAAAAUUCAGUGAAUGUUCAAAAGAUAGCGAAUGAUGCCAACAUUCUGAUAGCAGCAAUGCCGUUUAGUUUUCUUUUAAGAUGGGAUGAAAAAGUUUGUGACGGUACUUUUUUGGGAACAGGACAAGGAAGUGAUGGCAAGAGGCUGGGGUUGGGGGAAAAAUUUAGAAGGCUGCAAGAGGCUGAAUUUUUUUUUGUGCUACUUGAUUGAAUGCAUGAACCCUUUGUGCCUUUGACCAUCACUACCUAAUAAUGCUACAUUUAACCAUUUGCAGCCCAUUUGGACUUUGCCAUUUUGUUCAAAGAGCAAGCUUCAUCUUCAGUUUGAUAGAACACUCGAUCUGCUAGAGCGUACAGGAGGCCAGGAGGGUCUCUGCUGUCUGCAGAUCGCAUCAUACUGCUUUCAGUUACCACGAUGGGGGAAGGUCAAACAGUGUUUGAUCACAUUGAAAGAUAAUGAAAGGCUAAGUUUACAUAUCCAGCCGCUGUUAUGGGCCACACUAAGCCACUUUGAAGGUUUUAAAAACUAUUACAAGAAAAAGAAAAACCAACAACCUCUCUAGCCUGGCUUAUAAUAGAUGCAGCAGGAUUUAUGCACGUUCUGCAACCAACCAUUAGAGAAGAAAAAAACAAAAACAAACAAACAUCAAAAGGCAGGGAUAACAGGAAAGUUACCAAAUUUUUUAAUUGCCGAAUGUAAUUUGAAUGAUGAUUGUGGUAAUAGUGACACAUUCAAGUUUCUACAAUAAACUUCAGUCUACCUCAGUUUAAGAAGAAAAAAAAAAUGUGGCAACACAUGGUGCAUAAAGACUGCUGUGUGUGUGUGUGCGCGCGCGCGCCUGUAUGUGUGUGGUCGACAGAGCCAUGCUAUUACCUCUGAACCUUUUUUUGUGAUGUUUUUUGUGCAUGAGAUGAUCAGAAUCACCAUGCUGCACUGAUUUGAGGGGCACAACGAGCAAAAACAUUUGUUUCAUCAUUUUGUUAUCUACCUCUUAGGUUCAUGUUGAAAUAGAGGCAUUACUACAUAGACUAGAUAAUUUUCCCAAAGAUCAUUGUUGUACAGAUUAGAUAAUUUUGAAAAUGGUCUGAAGUGUUUUUUCCUGCAUCUCUUCUUUACUAAUUGGUUUAAAAACCACAGACUUAUGUUGUAGUUUUAGCAAAGAAAAAUGAGUUUCUUUUCCUUUUUUGACAGUGACCUUCAUCUAGCCUUUAGGAUAACUUUUUUUUCUUACAAUGAAUUUAAAAUUACUGAAGUAUGAAAAGUCAUAGCAUUUUAACUUUUGUUGAGGCUUAAGUCAGUCUGAUGUUCCUUUCUUAACAUUUGAGAAGGAUUUGACUUCAUUAUUUUCCAUAAAAAUUACUUUACGAGUAGGCGCUGCAUUUACAUCUGCUGAUUUAAAUACUGUCAUUUCUUAAAUUUCUAGACUUAGUAUGGUAAAUCAUGUUUUUUCUUUUCAAUUGAGACUUGGUAAUUUGGAGUAUUUGGGAAUAGCUAGAAAGUAAAUACUGUAAAUGAUUUCAAUUUCCACAAAGUAUGGAUCAUUUUUCAUCUGUAAUGUGCCCCCCAAUGCAGCUCCACUUGCCAGAUGCCUCUGAAUGGAAUAAAGAGUUUAACUCCUAUCAUCAGAUUAAGUUGUGUGGUGUGUUUUUAAACUAAUGAGGCAUAGGGACAGACUGUUCUAAAUAGUUACGGUGCUUGGAUCAAGUUUGCAUUCUGUCCAUAAUAACUGGAUAAGGAUGCAGUCACCCCCAGGUAUCCUAUAGCUGUCAGGGCAUCCAGCAGUCAGAACACAAUGUUUGCGCUUCCCAAUAAUAAGCAAUGACUUUUGUGGCUUAUAAUUAACGUUUUCCCUCUUACAUAACGAUGCUCUACAGGCUGUAGUACAACCGGUAGCUGAUGGCUUCAGCCUUACACAUCUAGCUUGGGCUGAUUGGCUGUGGAAGGGAUGUGUAGUCAGCAGUCCUGACCCAGGGCAGAUACGAAGGAAUCCUUCACAGGUUUGAAGUGAGAUCUGAAUUGCAGUUAAACUUUCUUUUUUGGCUGCUUUUACCCAGUCUUCGAUGCUAGCAGCGUGCUGAAGCUGUGUAAUGAACGUGGCCCUAGAAGCCUGGAUAGGCAGAAGCGGGCACACUGGCAAGAAAAAGUGAUGGCAACCUCUCUCUCACUCCUACCACCACCCAAACACACAGCACUUGCCGGUGAGGUGGUACCACUUCUCCAUUCAGAUCCUUGUUAUCAUUAUCUGGAAUAGAAAUGAGACUAGAUGCUAAACUGUGAACCCUUUAGGGUGAGAGGGAGGGGUUGGGGCAUGAAGGAGAGUCAUGGAUAAUAUAAUUCAGUAUCUCUUAAAGAAGAGUGGAAAACCAAACCUGUUUUCCAAACUCUUGCACCCUCCCGCUUGUCUUCAGAGCUCAUUCACUGGGACCAGCCACCAGAAAGAGGGAACUGAAGAAACGAUGCCUGUAGAAGACACUGCAUAGGGUUUUGCAGGGAUUUCUCAGGGAACUCCUGGCUCAUUUUUUCCAGUAUUGAGAUAUCAACUCUGAACUGGCACCCCUGUCAUUAGAGAAACAUGAGUUAAGCCUUUCUCUGUAUCACUGGUGCAUUUGUGAGAGCUAAACCCCCAACUGUUUUAAGCAUUCGCUUAAUCAUGAUGCUUUUAUUUGCUUCUAACCUGCCAAAGCUUUUUAUUCCUAAGCUGCAAUUUCCAAGGCAUGCGCUCCUUGUGUUGGUUUCUGUUAACUGAAGCAUGGAUGCUGUGCAGGACGGCGUGGGCUCAACGUGGUACUAGGGCAGAGGAUUUUUAAAUGAACGUGAAAAAUUGUGGAGCAAGCAUCAAGCUGGGCUGUAAGAGACGUGAGCUCAACCAAUGAAAGCAAACACUGCUCCAUGACGAAGUUAUUCAAAUGUAGAGCAGGAAAUUGGCAAAAUAUUAAUACAAGUUUCUCCUGUUCAUCCCAUCACCAAGGGAUCCUGCACAGAGCCAAACCUGCAUUCACCUCUGUACAGGAUGAGUCUAUAGACUCGUUGACAAGCUGCUCAGUAUUUUUAUUUUACACAUUAAUCACCUUAUCCAUAGAACUGAAGCCAUUUCCAAAUGUUUUUCUUCCAAGGGAGGUUUGACUUUGCACAGCAAAGGUCAUCCAGACUAUCUUUGUUAACUCCUACGUCCCAGCUUUUAAGAGGGUCAGGCCAAACGCUCACCAAGUCAGGCUGGUAACCUGGCUGCGGCUUUGCAGUCGCUUGGCCCCAAUGAUGACUGCUUCUCUUAAAUGGGAUGAGGGAAGUUCUUUUCCUGAGCUCUCUCUUCUGAUUAUUUAAUAGCAACCAGUGGAUGUUGCACAGAACUCCUCACAAUGUGCCUUGGCUGUAAAUUCAGUUAUGCUUUUUCAUUUAUUUUACUAGGGUUUUGUCUGCUCAGUUCAUUUGAUGGGUUUUUUUUUGGUCCUGUCUUGCAGAGUAUUACCCCUUGACAACUGCGAGAGCCCGAGUCUGUUCAUAUGGAAGCUGUUCCCUGUGUCUUACUGUUCCUUUCUGGGUGCUCCUUUUGUUACUGUGCUCUUUGAGAUGAGAUACUGGAUAUGGUUCUUGUUACUAAAUGUGGGUUCAUAUAAUGGCAUGUUUGCUGAACCUGCCUCUAUUCAUCACGUAUUACUUAUCUUCAGCAGCAGCAGUAAAAGGCAAAUGGUUUCAGGGAAUGAUCCAAAGUUACUCCUACGUAUCCCUCCUAGGAGGAAAUGCCUGAUUUAGAACCCAUCACUCUGUAAGACAGCCAAGGUUAUCUUUUUCUCGUGUGGAUUACUUAUUGCCAAGUAUCUUGAAGCAUUCUGAAAAUCCUUCUCUGCAGUCAGGUUUCCCAACAAUCCCUUCAUUUUGUGGGCAAAGAUGUUUCAUCUGCAUAGUUUAACUAUGUUUAAUAAAUGCUCCUCACUUCAUUUGCAGAACUAUCUACUGCCUCGUAACAAAGAGCAGGUGAACUCAUGAGCGGUUAUUCCUGAAAGAACAAAGGGCAGACACAGCAUGAAAACCUGACCAGCCU